AUGUCAGAACCUCCUGAAUCCUCUCCACCAGCAGACAGCCCAAGUGUGUUGCCUGCUCCUACUCACACCAAACCUUCACGCUGCUCUUCCACACUGUUCACUGCGCCAAUCAUGCCCCUCAAGGACCACGAAGUCUUGGAACUCAUAUCCGGCAAACUGCCACGUUUCCACACUGGGCCUUUGACCACAGAUAUUCUGUGCCAUGGCGAGAAUGCGUGCAUUUCCUGGUUCAAACACAAGGACGUUGACAACAACAAACAAACCUUGUACCUCAUUGAGCUCUUUGAAGAUCCGAAAGUCCACUUGUAUUUACUUGCCGAUGCUGCUCACAUCAACACUCUAUCCACAAAGGAGUUCUUCAAAGACCUGACAUUGACUUUCCUGCCCAUCAACUGGGAUGACAAUGUUUGCACCAAGCUCAUGAGCACAUCAAUGACAGCGACUGCUUCUUUUCAGGAGUACGCCAACAGAUGUUUCAAGCCAAAUGCUCAACUGGCUUGCGCUGGAAAAGCACUGGACCCUGUCAAGCUUUGCCCCAUCCUGGAAGCUGGCAUGGACCGCGGCUUAUACACAUGUUACCGCAAGGAUAAGAUCACAAAGGAUCUACCUUUUUCCACCGCCUAUGAACUUGCCGCAUGGAUCCGCGAAGUCCACUGCGUUGAUGAAGAGCACCUUGAAGGGAUCGAGAAGCAAUGCACCAUUUUUGCCAAAUUCCAGCAUAAGAACAUGGGGUGCAAGAAGAAAGACAAACAUCGCACCAUGACAAAUGAGGAAGAACAUCCGGCAAAACACGUACUCACGGAAGACAAACGGAACAUACUGCAUGCUAACAAUGGGUGCAAUAUCUGUCGCAAGGUCUUCGUCGGCAACAACCAUCAAGGUUGCCAGAACUGGCCAGAUGCUUUGACCUAUGUACCAAUUACUGAACAGACAGUCAUGGCUGCAAAAGCUUCGCAUGCCGCAAAUGCUGUCAAGAAGAACAGGAAGUUGGUGGCUAUUAUCAUGCCAAACAUUGUCAAUGACAACUUGAGCUUUGAGACGGACAACAGCCUGGACCACUCCCCAUGCAAGCAAAGGAAGAUGAUGAAACACAAUCAAGAAUUAAUGAUGCUGGCCCCAGCGGAUGUGAUUGGUGCAGUCAGAGCACGCAUUGAAACACUGGCACGCUGGGAAGACCUCCAGAAGCGCGGAGAUGCACUGCAAGAGAAAUAUGCGUCCAUCUUUGAGCCCAUACCGCAUAUUGAUGCUCUGCCAGACAAGGUUACUGUUGAAGCAGGAAAUGCAGAGAGGACUGGAGUCAAC